AUGGACUUCAUUGAGGGCCAGUAUGGGAAAGUACUUCUUGGUGAGAGAGUCACGAAUGGUAAUGGGAAGGGUUCCUCUGGCUUGGUUCUGUCUUCCGCAAAAAAGCUGUUGUUGUCAGAUGGAAAUACUAAGUUGCCGUCAUCCUCGUCAUAUGUCUCCACCUCCUCCUCGUCGUCCACGUCCUCGGUGAUAUCGACUUCACAAGCACAAUUCGUUGCAAUAAAGACCAUAAAUCGAAUAGACAAGGCCAAGUUGAUCACAAAAUCGUAUAUCAGCAACAUCACCAAAAUCAAAAAGGAAAUCAAUAUACUCAAGCAAUGUAACCAUCCUAAUGUCGUCAAAUUGUACAACGUAAUAGAUGAUCUCAAGUUCGACAAGAUUUUACUAAUCUUGGAGUAUUGCAAGUUUGGAGAAGUUGAUUGGAAACAUUACAGUCACUGGUACGAAAAAUACUCCAAACAUCAACACCGACUGCCGUUAAGGUUAAACAAGAUACUUCGGGAUAUAGUCAACGGACUCGAAUACCUACACGAUUACAAGCAUAUCAUUCAUCGAGAUCUCAAGCCAUCUAAUUUACUCAUUGAUGAAAACAGUACCAUAAAGAUAUCAGAUUUUGGAGUUAGUUUGAUCUUGGAAAACAACUUGAACGACUCGAAAGAAUUGGCGAAAAUAAUGGGUACACCAGCAUUUUACGCACCUGAGUUAUGUCAGUUUGUUAAAAAUCGAAUGUCCAUGAUCACCAAUAAAGACCACCAUCUCAAUAGGAUUAAGGUGGAUUAUAGAAUAGACAUCUGGAGUCUAGGAGUGACAAUGUACUGUUUAAUGUUCAACAGUCUACCGUUUACGGGAAUAAAUGAGUUUGAUAUCUGCAAAAAUAUUGUUGACGAGGAAUUAAAAUUUCCCAAGAUUAAACAUACUUCUCGAGUGACGAGCGAUGAUAUUGAGGAAUUGACUCAAUUCAAGAGUUUGGUGAAAAUGAUGCUUGUAAAGAAACCAAGCGAAAGAAUCACAUUACAAGAAGUAAAAGCCGAUCCUUUCACCACUGCUGAUCUAUCGCCAGUGGAGAGUGAAAAGUUUAAGAACUUCAACAAGGCAAUAUUCAAAGAUGCAGAAUGCAAAAAGAACUUAGAUAAGUCACAAAACUUGGAAAACUUGAAAAACUUGGAAAACUUGAAAAACUCGAAAAACUCGAAAAAACAACAAAAUUUGGAUGACGUUUCUUCUCUUACUGGUCGAAUACGAAAAUUCUUUUCUAAAAAUGCGAUUGAUGCACCGAAUAGCAAAGCUGCGUCAGCAAAACCAUCUGAACAACCAGCUGAAGAUAGUGAUGUUCACUUAGUUUCAGCUAAAAAUUACGAUGAACUUGAACAUGUUGAUGAUAUUCUCGACUCGUAUCUCGAUGAUUCCUCAUCACUUUCGUCAAUAGGUAGUGUUGAAAAUGAUGAAGUAGACACAAGCAAUAUUUUAGCAGACUUGGACUUAGAUCUUGCAAAUAAUAAGGACAGGAAUGGCUUAUUUGUAAAGGUCCUGGAUCUUGAAAAUCAUCAAAAGUCUUUGGACGACCCUGUAAGGGUUUCGAAGCAUGUGCCCAAACCAUUAAACCUUCCUUUAGCAUUUUCAUUGCCCAACAGUCUACCGCAAUCCCCUAAUGAGAAAAAUGACCACUACCUCAAUGGCCUGAAUCCAUCCACGACGAUCGCGGCAAGUCAAACUCAAGAUGAAAUCUUACAGGCAACCACAUUAGCAACAAAAAGCAACAAUAUACCAACGUUAGCAUCAUCAUCGCAGACAUCGACAUCGACAUCGACAUCGACAUCGACACCUGUGAAUGAUACAUUUGCUGUAAUUGGUGAAAGUUCUCCAGUCUCCAAUGUUCAAAAUAAUACCACCUUUAGCCCUAGUCGACGAUAUUUCGAACAAAACAAAUCAAAUACCAAUGCAUAUACUGGCACAACUGGUCAACCCUCACUAAGAUCACUCUCUUCUCUAGGAAGGGAUGCGGAGAAUGCAAAAUUUGAACUUGACAUGAUGGAACCACCACCCUCCUUGUUACGCCUUGGUGCUGGAAAUAAAGACAAGGUUGGUAGCAAUAGCAACUACAACUACAAUUACAAUUACAAUCACGCCAAUAGCAACAAUACCAACAACAACAGUAAUAGCAACGGCAACGGCAACGGCAAAGCCAACGGCAACGAGACCAAAAAUAAAAAUGGUAACAGCACAGACAGCGGCGUUGGAUUGGAGAGAAAAGGAAGCUCUGGUUCCAUAGGCUCUAAUAGAAAAAAUAGUUUUGGGUACGGAUUGACUAAGAUCCCAAGUUCGCUGAGCUCACUUAAUUUGAACGCGUAUCUCACCGAUGGCUCUGACGAUAUUAGCAUUAGAUCGAACUAUUCAAUUUCAAAGAGCAGUUUAAAGAAAAUCAAAGUUAUAAGUAAAGAAGAAAUUGAAGUUCAGCUGGCUGAAAAUGUGCAUAAAACUGACAACGAAGAUGAAACCAAUGAGGGUGACUCUACGUUUAUAUUGGCAAAUACUUCUCUUGGCGCUAAUUAUAAGGAUUUGAGCCAAUAUCUUGAUGGUUUAAACUAA